AUGAACGGUCCAUCCUUGACGCUCGAGGUGUCGCUUGGCGCAGUCGUACUUGUCACGCUUGGCCUUGGCUGUCCGGACCAGCGAAGACGUUCUCGGGUCGUCGUUGGGCUGCUCAUCAAAUGCCACUGCAAGGUCUACAACCAACACCCGUUCGUGCGCUGCUGGCAGUCCAGGCGUGUUCCGCAGAGCUGGAAGGGUUGCGUGGUGCGCCUGCUGCACACGAAGGGUGUUCGGCUCGACCCAUCGAAUUGGCGGCCGAUUUGCCUGCAGCAGGCCAUAUACAAGCUAUACGCCGGUGUCUUGUCGCGUCGCUUCACGCGCUGGCUCGACGUCAACGGCCACCACGCUGAUGCGAAGAAGGGCUUUCGAGCCAUGAACGGCUGCGGGGAACACAACUUUCUUGUAGCCAUGCUCGUCGAUCAGCCCGGCGCAAGCAUCAAGAGUUGCAUGUCGUGUGACGCAGCGUUUACAAUUGGUAACGAUGUUGAUGGGAAUACGGCAUCAAUCGCGUUGAAGUUGGGGGUGUUUCAAGGCUGCCCACUUAGCCCCCACCUCUUUAACGCCGCGAUCUCUCUGCUUCUCCUCGCGCUCAAUUCGCUGCCGGACACUGGUGUGAAGGUGUUCAGCGAAGACCGUCCCGGUGCGGCUGCUUAUGCAGAUGACUUGAAGACGUUCAGCAGUACUGUGGACGGCAUCAAGCGACAGCACGCCGCGGUGCAAGACUUCCUGCGGUGGACCGGCAUGAAGGCAAAUCCGCACAAGUACAGUACCACGUCGGUCCAGCUGGACGUGCGUAGUCUACACAUGACUAGCGACCUCAGGCUGCAGCUGGACGGCACCCCGAUCCCCGCACUCAGCGCCUCCAACUCCUACCAGUAUUUGGGGAUCGGGGAUGGCUUCGACCACGUGCACCGUCGCGUUGAGAUUGCAACAGCACCCACUCAGGUCAAGCACGACGCGAAGGCGCUGAUGCGGUCCGGGCUGGCGCCGUGGCAGGUGGUCAAAAUCAUAAAGGCGUACUUGUACCCUCGGGUUGAGUACCCCCUCUGGCACCUGAGAUCGUUUUCUCAGCAGCUGGAGGGUUUUGACCGUCACCUUGUACGCGGCCUUCGACACCUUCUACGGCUACUAACUAGCACUACGACAGCUUUCUUUUACGCUCCUGUUUCUCGUGGAGGGUUAGAGUUCUUACCCUUGACGGAGAUGUAUGGCGCUUUGCAAGUUGCGCACGGGUGGCAGAUGCUGCACUAUCCUGACCCUGCCAUCCAGCGCAUAGCUCACCAGCAGCUCCGUCAGAUUGCUGACUCAAGAUACAAGCAGGACGCUUUGGCAUGGAGGGACAGAGAGGAGGAGCUGGGCGAUCUCCUCCUCAACAGCAAGCUGGGGACGUCGGACCCAGUGCCGCCCAAGCGAGGAAAGGCUGACAUCGGACCGCUGUGGUUCGACGUCCGGGGUCACCUUCACCGCUUCAGCCACAAUCUUGAGAUGGCGCCAGCGGUAGAGAAGACGUGGACACCGGCGAAGAAAUUAGAGCUUCGCGUGCCCCACCACGAUGGUUAG